CCUGUGUGUAAUCAUGUCUUGUAUUUAAGCCUGUGUGUUCCCCUCUGCCCUUGUCGGUUCGUUUGUCUCUCCAGCCCCGUCUACCUUGUCCUCCGUGUUCCUUGUUUCCUCCUGCUCUGAUCCUGGUGUUUCUCGUGUUUCCCUGGUUUGUGAUUUUUGGUUUUGGUCCUCUGUUUUGUUUUUGUUGUUUGUUUCUAUUUGUUCUUUUGGUACUUGGUUCCCCUCCCUGCCUUUUGUUGUUUUGGAUUUUUCAGCUCUAUUAAAGCUCGCUUUUAUUUCUAACUACCUGUCCUGCCUGUUACUCUGCGAUUGGGUCCCCUUUGUAAACUCCUCAUACGACAGAACGAACCGACCAUAAUGACCCCAGCAGAGAGCUUUUAUGCCUUUUUGGGCAUCCGGAUUCGGCCCGAGCAUCAGCCUCAGCCCCGGCCUGUUGACUUCCAGCGGGAUUGCCGUCUGGGGGCUGGAGUCCCUAGAGCGAGGCAUGGAUAUCGGAGAAGGAAAUCUAGGCUGCCCAGUGUCUCAGCCGAAUCCAGGCCUGCCCUUGUGUCGGGGGUUCAGCCUACCCCUUCUCCAUGUCUCCUGUCGGCGGUCCGGCCGACCCCUGCUCCAAGUGUCCUGUCGGCGGUCCGGCUGACCCCUGCUCCAAGUGUCCUGUCGGCGGUCCGGCCGACCUCUGCUCCAAGCGUCCUGUCGGAGGUCCGGCCGACUCCUGUUCCAAGUGUCCUGUCGGCGGUCCGGUCGACUCCUGUUCCAAGUGUCCUGUCGGGGGUCAGGCCGACUCCCGUUCCAGGUGUGCUGUCGGGGGUCUGGCCGACCUCCGUUCCACGUCUCCUGUCGGGGGUCUGGCCGACCUCUGUUCCACGUCUCCUGUCGGGGGUCCGGCCGACCUCCGUUCCACGUCUCCUGUCGGGGGUCUGGCCGACCUCUGUUCCACGUCUCCUGUCGGGGGUCCGGCCGACCUCCGUUCCACGUCUCCUGUCGGGGGUCCGGCCGACCUCCGCUCCACGUCUCCUGUCGGGGGCCCGGCCGACCUCCGCUCCACGUCUCCUGUCGGGGGUCUGGCCGACCUUCGCUCCACGUCUCCUGUCGGGGGUCUGGCCGACCUUCGCUCCACGUCUCCUGUCGGGGGUCUGGCCGACCUCGGUUUUGGUUGGGCCGCAACCGUCACCUGCUGUUCCGGUUGGGACGCAGCCGUCACCUGCUGUUCCGGUUGGGCCGCAGCCGUCACCUGCUGUUCCGGUUGGGUUGCAUCCGUCACCUGCUGUCCCGGUUGGGUUGCAACCGCCACCUCCUGUUUCGCCUGGGUUUCAGCCCAAAAACCGUGUUCCUGUGACUGCUGGGCCACAGUUCCAAGCCCCCGGGUUUCUUGGCUCUGUUUUUGCCCUGCCCCCAGGCCGUCCGCCCGAGUUCCCCGGCUCUGACUCUGCCUUGCCCCCGGGUCAUCUGCCGGAGUUUCCCGGCUCUGUCUCUGCCCUGCCCCCGGGCCGUCCGCCCGAGUUCCCAGACUCUGUCCCGGUUCUGCCCCCGGGUCGUCCACCGGAGUUUCCCGGCUCGAACUCUGCCCUGCCCCCGGGCCGCCCGCCCCAGUUCCCAGACUCUGUCCCGGUUCUGUCCCCGGGUCAUCCACCGGAGUUUCCCGGCUCUGUCUCUGCCCUGCCCCCGGGCCGUCCGCCUGAGUUUCCCGGCUCUGACUCUGCCUUGCCCCCGGGUCAUCUGCCGGAGUUUCCCGGCUCUGUCUCUGCCCUGCCCCCGGGCCGUCCGCCCGAGUUCCCAGACUCUAAAUGA